AUGGAGGCAAACUACACUUCAGAGUUUGAUGAACUAUUUGCAAACCUCUCUAAACUCAUAAAGGUCAAGAUUAUGAAUGAGACCAAAAGGCUAUCUGGUGAUUCUGAAGAGUGCAGAGCCUCCUCACAUCUGUGCUUCAGUGAGGAAGCCACCAUCGUGAGCGAGAACGUGAUGCUGGGGUUUGACUUGAAGGGCUGUCUACCCUUCCCCACCCCCCACCCCCCAGAGCAAUGCACUCAGAAGGCUGCGAAGGACUAUGCCCAGUUCUACUUUGUGGAUGAGCUGGAUGGGAAGCUGGCCUGUGUGACCAAAUGCACCUCGGGGACGAAGUUGCAACUGAACUGUAAUGAGGGAGAAUGCCAGCUGCAACGCAGUGGCCCCCGCUGCCUAUGCCCAACCUCGGACACACACUGGUACUGGGGAGAGACGUGUGCAUUGAGCACCAGCAAGAGCCUGGUGUACGGGAGUGUGGGGGCCGUGGGAGCACUGCUGGUGGUCAUGGUGGUGAUCCUGACUGUCUUCCUUGGCCGAUCCCAGAGAAAACUGCACAGGCAAGAAUACAAUUUGUGGCAAGGAGAAGAUCUUCCUGGCGGCUUCCAGAACACAGGCAUCUGGGAAGAUGAGAAUCUGAAGGAAGACAGAUUCGCCCUUGAAAACAUCUACAGCCAUUUCCAGCCCUCUCUGGAGAACGUUGACCCUACUACAGAGCUCCACAUCCAGAGGCCCAGGGUCCUGACAACUGCUCAGUGAGUGAGACAAGAGGCUCCCACCGCUCAUCCAGAUUUGGACAAGACAGCAGAUAGAGCCCACGACGGCGCUACUCCCCACCUCCCCUGUUGGUCCAAAGGAAACUGACAUCGGGGCCUGAGGUGGCCCUACUCAGAGCUGGUGGGCUUGGUCUGGGCCCUGCUGUGAGCCCCCCUCUGCUUUCUCACACUCUGUCCAGGAGCCCAAGGGCUGCCCAGACACCCUGACAUCAUUGUUUGCUCCAGAGACGCCCCACUCUGGAAUUCCCCCUCCCCCCAAUAAAAGAGCUAGGCUUAAAGUAGA